AUGGAAUCAAAAGUUCAGCUUUGCAUCCGCAAUUUUCCCGAUUCGUUCAGUGAAAGUGAUAUCAGUGAGUUCCUGAACCACUUUGGCAUCGGAGGAGCAAAAUUUCUCAAACGUCGGAACAAGAUUACCACUGUCAUAAGUGUUCAAAAUGAGAUGCUGGCGAGAAAUAUUAUUAACCGCCUACAUCAACUCCAGAUCCUCAGCAAGCGUUUAACCAUCGAAUACUACAGUCCUCGGGAAGUGGAGAUUGUGGAUGUGAACCCAGAAAAACCACCUGCUCUCAAACAGAAAACUCAGGAAUUAAGUAAAUUUGCGAAGGCGCUUCAUGCAGUUCAUCCGGUAGAUUUUAGCCAACCUCCUCCACCCUACCUCAAGUACCGAUACCCUCGGCCAACGCGGGAAAUCAUCGAUAGCAUCUGCGUUGCACUGGAGUCCGUCCCCAAAUUUUACACCCAAGUUCUGCAUCUUAUGAACCGUAUGAACCUCCCACCGCCUUUCACUGAGCGUGACUUGCACCGAAAAACCUGUCCCGUGGAGAAGAAAGAUGUCUACCAACAGACGGAUCUAACUGGUAUGAUGGAUUCCCUGUUGGCAGAAGGAGAGUCUGAACUCGAAUCGGAUGUUGAAACGACGAUGAAGGUACCCCCGAGACAUAAAUUGGGACUUGCAAAAAAUCGCUUCAAGCCAUACAUUGUGCCACAAAACUUUCCAGUACCGAAAAAUAAAUUGGAAAGAGCAAGCAUGUUUGAACGACCUGAAAUUAAAAAGACACACAGCAUAAAGAUGCAUCUUCCAGAAGAGCUAAAGCUCGACCAAACAUUCUCUAGUCCAACAAUAGUGGAACCAAAAACUCAAAUCCAACCAGAAACUCACGAACGGUCCGCUUCGCCAAAUAAAUUCUCAAUCAUCACCGAACAGGAACUGCUCGCUAACCGAAUCCCACGGGACCAACUGGCCGAACUACCGGUAUUUAAAAACUAUUCCGCCGGUACACCAUCCAACAAGCUGUACAUCAAAAACCUUGCCAAAACGGUCAACGAGGACGACCUGCGACGCAUUUUCCAUCACUUUUCACUCACUGAUCCUCAGCGGGAAAUCGACAUCAAGCUACUGCAGACUGGUCGCAUGAAGGGACAGGCCUUCGUCACCUUUUCCUACCUCUACGAGGAGGACCUAGAGCGGCUGAAGGAGAAACCAAUCGAACGCGCACUGCGCCUCACCAACGGCUUCAUACUGAAGGACAGACCGAUGGUAGUGAUGUACGGGAAGACGGGCAGCGGGAAGGGGGAGUCGAAAGUGCUGGCGUAA